AAGCAUAGUUAGGAAUCCAAUCCUUACUUCCUUUUCGGAUUCGAGGCAUAUAUUUCAGUUCACUAAGGUACGAUGAAUCACAAUCCAUUUCUUCAUCUUGUCCUCUUCCUCUUCAUCAUUUUCGCGGCUCAACUCCCGGCUGUAGUCAGCCACCAAGCUGGGAAUGGAAGGACUCUUCUUCAAAUAAAGAAACCUUGCCCUGUAAACAUUGAGAACCUAAACUACACUAUCAUAACGAGCCAGUGUAAGGGACCAAAUUACCCUCCCGAACCAUGUUGUUCGGGUCUGAAAGAAUUGGCAUGCCCUAUUGCAAGUGAUCUCAAUGAUCCAACCAAUGACUGUGCUGAGCAGCUGUUCAGCUAUAUUCCAACGAUCGGGAAGUAUCCGACUGGCUUGUUCAGCAGCGUAUGCAAGGGUAGCGAACGAGGACUUGAGUGCCAAUCACCAACACCACCAACACCAACCCUUACAACUACAACUAUAGCUAACGCUGCCCCUCCAAUCAGGAUUUUCCCUCCAAUCUUCAUCGGGCUGCUGCUUUUCCCUCUUCACUUUUUCGUGCAAAAAUUUGGGCUUUAAUUUAAUAAUAAUGCUUAUAGCAGAUUCUGUCAUUCUGAUUUGGUCAAAUAUAAUUUUGCUUGCCAUGAAACUACUUGUACUAUUAAAUUAUCAUUGAGAUGUCAUCCAAAAAUGA